AGGGCACCUGCAUGGUGGUACAGCCUGCAUGUUGGGCAGGAGGAGGAGCUGGCUGGCAUUGGGGACACAUCCACGUGGUGCCUGGUGCAUACCCGAGGGGGAGUGCAGUGCCUUGGACAAUGGAGCUGGGGACCAGUGCAGGCAGCAGAGAAGGCAAUGAGGAGCCCCCUACAUGAAUGCAGGCUGCGCAUCACCUGCAAGGACGUGCCGGCCGCGACGCUCUACGAUGUGCUGCAUGACACCCACUACCGCAAAAAAUGGGACUCCAAUGUCAUCGAGACCUAUGACAUCGGGCGCCUGACGGCCAACGCUGAUGUGGGAUACUAUGCCUGGAAGUGCCCGAGCCCCCUGAAGAACAGGGACUUCGUCACCCUGCGCUCCUGGCUGCCCCUGGGCAACGACUACAUGAUCAUCAACUAUAGCGUCAAGCACCCGAAGUACCCACCACGGAAGGACUUUGUGAGGGCUGUGUCCCUGCAGACGGGCUACCUGGUCAGGGCCAAUGGCCCCCACGGCUGCACCCUUUACUACCUCACCCAGAUGGACCCCCGAGGUUCGUUACCAAAGUGGGUGGUGAACAAAGUGUCCCAGUUUGUGGCGCCAAAGGCCAUGAAGAAGAUCUACAAGGCAGGGCUGAAGUACCGGGAGUGGAAGCAGAAGCAUGAGCCUGGCUUUAAGCCCUGGAUGUACCCAGAGCAGAACACGUUGCCCAGCAUCAGCCUGGCCGAGCUGUCCCUGCAGCACGCUGACUCCCUGGAGAACAUUGAUGAGAGUGGCCUGGCUGAGGACAGGACACAUAUCAGCGAUGACGAGGCGUGAGGGGGUCCCACAGCCACCCUGCGUCUGCCAGCAGGACGUGGGAGAGGCCAGGCUCCUGCCCCUCCACUGCAUGCUCAGGGGCAGUCAGCACCAUUCCCACAGAAGCCUGGCAGCAGGUUGGGGGCAUAGUUACAAAUUUGUCUCCAGUACUCUUGGUGUGAAUGUAUCCUUCAGCAUCUGUUCAUCCUGCUCCUGGCACACAGAGCCCUCAGCUGGGGGGAGAAAGAACUGCCCCGACCCAUCCACCUGGCACACAGUGCCCUCUUCCGGAGGGAGAGAGAACUGCCCCCAACCCCCCCCCCGCACACACACACAGAAACCUCUGCUGGAGGGAGAGAGAACUGCCCUGAUCCACCCACACCCCCCAGCACACAGAGCUCUCUGUUGGGGGAAAUGCCCCUACUUUGCCUGAUCAAAGGCUCUGUGGGCAGCUGCCCAGCCCCCUGGGGAUACCCUGGCCAGAGACAGGGAACUGGCUGUGUAAGAAGGGGCCCCAGUGUGUGCAGGGGUGUUUCAAGGCUUCUCAGGGGGCUGGGGAUGGCUGCGGCAGGGCAGGGAGUAGGCAUCAGCAUUCCUACCCCAGCUAUUCCUCCACUGCUGCGGGAUCUAGUGGGGCUCUAGACAGCUGGAUAUCCCCUGAGGGGGCUGGACUGGCCCAAACUGCCACCAUCAGCCCCUGUCCCAGGCUCUGCAGCAGCACCAGAAUGACUUAGGCCUGUAUUUCCCCUCUCUGCUCCCAACCUCCCACCCAGCAGCUCACUCAGACAGGAUGGCCCCUCCCAGACCUCAGUGUUCCUGGCCCUGUGUCACCUGCUCAGCUCAGGGGUGCCUCCUCAGCCGCACCCCCAGUGUCUAGCCAUCCCCCAGGAACCUAGUGGGGCUACUCCAGCCCAGCAUCAUUCUGGGGCCCUGGGAGCACAUGGGGAUGGGGGGGGGGCAGGAGACUGGUCUGAUCUUUCCUUCAAGACCUGGGACUGGACCCAGCAGGGUGGCUGCUCUCCAAACCACUGGGCUCCAACCGAUGUUUCUCCCAGCGAUCCUCCUCCAGCAUUUGCUGCUGCUGCUGUGAUUUCUACCAAACCAAUAAAGGAAUUGGGGUGUGA